AUGUGUACCCAAUUUCAGGCCCAAACGGUGACGAUUCUCAAUCCCGGCGAUGAUAGCCUCCGUCGGAUCGUGCAUGUUCAGUUCGAACUUUCCGGUCAAGGUUUCACCAUGUGCGACUCUGUUCCGUCGCUCCCCUUUACAUCUCCGAUCAAAUUUCGACGAUUAGGGUUCACCCAAUUCGAAUCUCUUUCCCUCCUUCUUUCAAAUCCCUUCAAUUCUGGCCGCUCCGUUGUUAGAAAUGGCUGCCCACUCUUCCCUUCGAAGACAAGAGUCACUAAAAGCUUGGGCGCAUUUGUACCAAAGCGAAAUCCGUUCAGCAGCGAGUUAAGAUUGAAGGGUGAAGACGAAAAUCUUUUCGACGUCGAACCAAGUCGCAGCGUUCCAAAUUUAGAUGAUAUCGAGGGUAAUUUCACUGGUAGAAAUGAGAUUGGUUCGGACGAAGGACGGGGUGAUACUGCAGCAGCUGCAGCUUCGUCCGGGUUGAAGUUUCUCGAUCAGAAGGGUGGUGGGGAGGGGAAGAAGAAGGGCAUGAACAGCGGAAGAAGCUCUGAAGGAGAGAGGGAUUUGGUUCCCGUUGAAGAUAAGGGUGUAGAAAUGGAGAAGGAAUCGGAAGUGGAGAGUGGGAAGGUAGCAACGAGGAAAAGGAGGCAAGUGAUGAGGAGAUCGAACAUGUUGGCAAAGCAAGUGAUCAGCAUUCAAAGUGCUCUUAGCUUGGGUUUCGUCUCGCAGCUUUGGGUUGAUGCCGCUUCUUGGAUGGUAACGUUUGUGGAAGUGAAGCCAAACUUGCUUUCUGGGGAAUCAGAAUGGUUUCUUCUUGAGGAUAUUAGCCAGGUUGGUGAUGUUGUUCUUGUCCAAAAUGAAACCGUGAUGGAGAAUGAAUUCAAAAUGGCUGGAUUGGAAACGCUGGUAGGAUACAGAGUAGUUACACCUGGUCGAAGAAAUAUCGGAAAGAUACGGGGAUACACUUUCAACAUUAACUYAGGGGCAGUUGAAUCUUUGGAACUUGAUUCAUUUGGGUAUUCCUUUCUCCCGUCCAGCCUGGUGAGUACAUAUGCUUUGCUCGUUGAGGAUGUGCUCGAAGUCAUAUCUGACGUGGUGGUUGUACACGAAGAUGCUGCAUCACGCAUUCAAAGGCUUACAAAGGGAUUCUUAGGCAUCCAAAGUGUGGGGAAUUCAUUAGAUGACCUUGAAGAACAGUACGAGUUCGAAGGACGGAGAUUUGAUCAUGGCAGUUGGAGUAGUAACAACAGAAGAAGUUAUGACAGUAGAAGACCUCGUAAGAGCAGGGAGACGAACAAUGACGAUUUGGGGCUCCCGAUGGAUUAUCUCUGAACCUAAACUCAGGUUUUCCACUCGCUUCCCCUUGUACAUUACACCACACUUUUGCAUAUUUGCUCUCCUCUUUUACUUUUGAAUUGAUGCUGGAUUUGGUGGAUUGAAUGUUUGGAUUUGGAGCCAAAAGUCUCACCCUCCCAAGUUUCAAAAUGGGGGUCUUCCCUCUAUUGCCCACCAAUUGAACUGGGGAACUCUUUUUGCAUUCUUCUUAUUUGUGUUUGUACAUAAUACUUACAUGUUUGUAUACAAGUGAGAAAUCCUUUGGUAUGCCCCUUAA